ACUUGAAUGGAGGUCUCAAAUGUUCGAAGUAGCAAGAGAUGACACCCGUAAGAAUUUUUUUUGUGUCCUGCAUACUCGGAUUUCUUUUGAUCGGUGGUAUACAUGGAGCUCCUUUUCAUGAAGAACAAGAAUUUGAUGCUCCAACCAUGAAAUUCAAGUCAAGGUUCCUUCUUCAGGUAGGAUAUGAUUCACAACGAGAAAUGCCCCCACCAGCAUACCGAGAAUUUCGACCAAAACGCUCUCCUCCUCCCCGAGGCAGAAAUCCCUGAUAACGAAUUGUUGCUGUAUUACAUUCCAUGGGAUUAUUGCUUUGAGGGGCGAGCUAAAACACACCAUGGCCGCCUUGGAACAAUGGGUGCUGAGGAAUCGUUCUGAUUUUCUAGAAAAAAACUUUGGGGGUUUCAAUGAAAGUUCUUGUACAAUAUAUUGUGCGAUCCAAUGGGCCGGCAGGCAUUCCACGAUAUGGACGGGCACGCUGCUGGUGCUGCUAGCAGUGGUUGUGAAGCUAUGGCGAUCGAUCAUAACCAGGUUUUGGCUGGAGCCAAGAUCGCUCGACGCAAGGAUUCGAAGCCAGGAUCCAGGGGCCGUCAAGGACUUUCGGCAAGGUGAUGAAGAUGAGAGACAGUGCCAAGGAGCGGGACAUGGCAGGCUUGAAUCACGACAUUGUGGAGCAUGUGAUGCCACCAGUGGUCCAAGGAAUACGAGCGCGCUUGCGUCGAGGCUCAGGAAGUCUGCAACGGUGCCAUUCCAGAAGCCAAUUCAAUCAGCAAGCUUAAGCUGAUCUCCACGAAACUCUCCACCGGUGGUGGUGUUCAUCUUCGCAUCCUCGUCCCAAAGGGAACUGCGGUCUCCAUUCCAGUCAUCACGACACCCACGACUUCAAUCCGGAGAGCUUCAAGGAUGGACCGUGCAAGCACUCGAACGCGUUCCUGGCCUUUUCGCUUGGCCCCCGCGUGUGUGUUGGCCAAGCCUUUGCACUCAUCGAAGCCAAGAUCGCCUUGGCCACCAUUCUCAAGCGCUUCCGGUUUCGCUUGUCGCCAUCGUAUCGCCCGCUACGGUCUUCCUCUCAUCAUGGUGAAAAUAUAGUAUCAGCGAUAUUGUCUCGCUGGGAGUACUCAAUUAUUAGCAACUUGUUCGACUGACUAUUUGAGCUACUGACAAAACACGACCAGGGUGGAAUUCGAACCCACAGCCUUCAGAUUCGAAGUCUGACGCACUGAUCCACUACGCUACGCGGCCUUGACACUGAGAGCUUGCGCUUAAUACGAGUUUUUGGUCUUUAUAUGCUAACUUGACAAACGAGACGAGAUACUUGACUUGGACUUUGUGAAAGCUAUAAGUUGAAGGGUCUGCCAUGAAAAGUGUCUCAAAUUUGUUAGCAAGAGAUGGCACUCGCAAGAAUUUUUUUUGUGUCUUCCAUACUCGGGUUUCUUUUGGUCGGUGGCAUACAUGGAGCUCCUUGUCAUGAAGAACAAGGUACCAGGAAGAAUUGUUCAUCAGUUUUCUCCCAACGGACUGCAGAAUUUGAUGCUCCCACCCUGAAAUUCAAAUCCAGGUUCCUUCUUCAGGUAGGAUGUAUGAUUCAUAUCGAGAAAAUGUCCUGAUGGAAAUUUUCUUUGCCCAGACUUACCGAGAAUUUCGACCGGAACGACCUCCUCCUGGGCGAGGCCGUAAUCCCUGACAACGGUCACCACAAUCGCCAUGUACAACAUGAUCGAGACGAGGCGAAUCACCGAUUGUCGCGAUUCUGCUAAGCGCAUCCACAAACUUCAUCCUGUACAGGUCCCUGAUUGGCAUCUCGUCUUUUUUUAAAUGGUGAGUGAAUUAAAGAUUGGAAGUCCAAAUCAAGUCACUCGUUGAGCAUCCACAAACUUCAUCCUGUACAGGUCUCUGAUUGGCAUCGCGAGUGAAUUAAAGAUUGGAAGUCCAAAUCAAGUCAAAGUUGGCGCGUUGAAUAAAACUAAAGUCAACAACUUUGUUGACUUAAUUAGUCACCUCACAUGUGAAACACUAAAAAUGUUUCAUGAUUGGAAUGAUAUCACAUCGCAAUGCUGGAAUUGGACAGUGCUGGAAGAAGAAAACUGCCGCCUCCACCUUGCAACCAGGAGAUUCCAUCCCCUUCACAAGCUCAAAAGGAGUUUAGACCCACACCUCGCG